AUGACAAACCAAUCCAGAUAAACAUGUUCUCUUGGACUUUGGAUAUCCUCCUAGCCCUCCUCCCCUUCCUACUCACAUCCAUCGUUGCCGCCGCCUUAAAGGGCCGCCGCCGUAAACAUGGGCUGAAACAACCGCCCGGCCCACCUGGCUUCCCGGUGCUCGGCCAUCUCCUCCUGCUAGGCGAACUCCCACAUCGUUCCCUCCAAGCCCUAGCCACAACUUACGGACCCAUCAUGAGCCUAAGGUUUGGACAUGUCACGACCAUAGUACUGUCCUCAGCGGAAGCCGCCGAGCUCUUCAUCAAGUCCAACGACGUCGUGUUCGCCAACCGGCCUCUGCUCGAAGCCGUCGAGUACUUCUCCUAUGGAUGCAAAGGGUUAGUGUUCUCAGAGUACGGUCCUUACUGGCGGAGCAUGAGAAGGCUAUGCAAGCUGAACCUUCUUAGCGCGUCAAAGGUGGAGUCCUUCGCUCCUUUGAGGAUGAAGGAAGUUGAAAAAAUGGUGAAAGAGGUUGAGAAGGCUGCUAUGGCGGGUCAAAUUGUAAACCUUAGUGAAGUUGUUAAUGAUGUUCUGGAAAGUAUAGUUUAUAAGACGAUACUGGGGUGUGAUACGAAGAAGGAAGAUGGACAUGAUUUGAAGGGGAUUGUUCAAGAAGUUAUGCAUCUUUCUGGUGCUUUUAAUCUUGCUGAUUAUGUUCCUUGGCUUGGAGUGUUUGAUUUUCAGGGAAUGAGAAGACGAUUCAAGAGAACUAGCAAAGCAUUGGAUGGAGUGUUGGAGGAGAUAUUAAAGGAACACGAGCAAGCUUUCAGUUCCAAAGCACACCACGACGACUUCGUCGACAUACUACUCUCGCUGAUGCACGAAAACGGCGACGUCGAUCGAACCAAUAUCAAGGCCAUCGCAGUCGACAUGAUCGGCGCCGCCCUAGAGACCUCCGCCACCAUCAUCGUGUGGGCCCUAUCGGAGCUUCUGAGAAACCCCAGAGUCAUGAAAAUCCUCCAACACGAGCUUGAUGCUGUAAUCGGAGCAGACAACCUCGUAGGAGAGAAAGACAUCGGGAAAUUGAACUACUUAGAAAUGGUGAUUAAAGAGGCCUUCAGAUUACACCCGGCAGGGUCCUUACUACCUCGAGAGACGCUGGAGGAUGUCGAGGUUGGUGGUUAUUACGUAGAGAAGAAGACGAGAAUUAUAGUGAACAUGUGGUCGUUGGGGCGAGAUCCUAAGGCUUGGCCGGAGAAGACGGAGGAGUUUUGGCCGGAAAGGUUUUUGGAGACGAAGGUGGAUUUCCGAGGACGAGAUAGUCUGAUGUUUAUGCCUUUCGGGACUGGUCGGAGGGGGUGUCCGGGGAUACAGUUGGGGCUGUGCACGGUAAAGCUGGUGGUGGCUCAGCUGAUCCAUUGUUUCCGGUGGGAGCUUCCGCCUGGGAUGACACCGGAAGAUCUGGAUAUGAAGGAGAAGUUUGGUCUUUCAAUGCCGAAAGCUGAGCAUCUGCUUGCUGAACCAAGUUGUCGUUUUCCUACCAAAUCUUAAGAACGGAUAAAAAUAGGUUAAUGUAAACUUCAAAAUUAAUUUUAUAAUCAAUGUUAAAGCUAUGCUGAUGUAA